AUCACUGUUUCACAUCGAAAUCUUUCAUCUUUUUCAUUAUACAUACAUAUAUAUAUACACACACACACAAUGGAAUUCAAUUCAUCUUCAUUACUGAAUCAGGAAGAGAACUCUUAUUUAUAUAGUCUCUUCGAAGGUCUCGACACUGCCGGUGAAAGUUCUGUCAAUAAGAGGCGAAAGCCUGACGAAGAAAAUCGUGGCGGAGAAGCAGUGGUGGAGGAUGGUGGAGGACAGCGGCGGCGGUUAUGGGUGAAAGAAAGAUCAAAGGGGUGGUGGGAGUAUCACGAUAGCGACGAAUGCCCGGAUGAUGAGUUUCGAAAAGCGUUUAGAAUGAGUAAAACAACAUUUAAUAUGAUUUGUGACGAGUUAGAAUCGGUGGUCACAAAAAAGAAUACGGUUCUUCGAAUGGCAAUCCCUGUUCGUCAGAGGGUCGCAGUCUGUAUCUAUCGCUUAGCUACAGGCGACCCUCUGAAAACAGUGUCAACCCUAUUCGGGCUUGGGACAUCUACAUGUCACAAAGUAGUACUUGAAGUUUGUGCCGCAAUAGGAGCCAUCCUAAUGCCUAAAUACAUCCAAUGGCCUGAUCAAGAAAGGCUACAAGAAAUCAAAACCACAUUCGGGUCCAUAUCAGGCAUCCCGAAUGUCAACGGGGCAAUCUACACAACCCAUAUAUCAAUAAUCGCGCCAAGAACCAACCAAGAAACUUAUUAUAACAGAAAACACACCGAGAGAAACCAAAAGCCAUCAUACUCCACAACGGUUCAGGGUCUUGUUGACCCGAGAGGCAUGUUUACAGAUAUUUGCAUAGGGUAUCCAGGGUCGUUCUCCAACGAACAAAUCUUGGAAAAUUCGGCGUUAUCUCAAAGAUCCAAAUUGGGUAUGUUGGAGAACACAUGGGUGGUUGGGAAUUCGGGUUACCCGUUAAAAGAUUGGAUGUUGGUACCCUACACACACCAAAAUCUCACAUGGAGUCAACAUACAUUCAAUCAAAGACUUGGUGAGAUAGAAAUGAUAGCUAAAGAAGCAUUCAUGAGACUAAAAGGGAGAUGGGGUUGUUUACAAAAGAGGAUAGAGGUGAAGUUGCAAGAGUUGCCCAUGGUGUUAGGGGCUUGUUGUGUGUUGCAUAACAUAUGUGAGAUGAAUAAUGAGGAAAUGGAUGUUGAUUUGAGGUUUGAUUUGUAUGAUGAUGAGAUGGAAAUGGAUAGUAGUGGUAUAUCGGUACAUGCACUUCAAGCUAGAGAUAUUAUUUCUUAUAGUCUCUUGCAUUGUAACAAUGAGAAGUAGUGAUGAAUGAUGUCUUUGAACUUAAAAACUUUGUAAGUUUUAGGGUUGAAAUUUUAAACUAUAAAAAUCAAAUUUGCAAUAUUUAAUGAACAUUUUCAUUUUCAUUACUAAUAAAAGG